GGGUGGCAAAUCAACUCUAUUUUGCUGAGAUAUUUUAACCCAAAGAUUUUUGAAAUGCCACGAAAUAGAGUGUAGUAUUGUUGAGAGAUUUAUUGUUACGAAAAAUGUCACUCAAAAGAAAUAACACGUUGAUGUUUUGCAGAAUGGUAUCUGCUGUUAAGUCUCUAGUCAAAUGUUGAAUCAGUUUAGGCGCUAGCUAGUCGCUACAAGCCAGUUUGUAAGGACGUCACAUGCUUGAGUUAAGAAUGGUGGACACCAAGCACGUUUUCCAAGUGUCUGGGAUCAAGAAUCUCUAUAAGAAGGGGAAGUUGCUCGAGGGAAUUCAUCAACUGGGUGGGAAGUACAUUGGUGGCUCAGGUUAUAACGAUCGCACCACCCAUCUCAUUGUCACCCAUGCCCCCAUGGCCAGUGAGAAGUUCCUGGCAGCCUGUGCUGGAGGCAAGUGGAUCGUGAAUCCAAACUACGUUUUGGACUCUGCUAAGAAUGGCUCGUGGCUGCCAGAGGAGCCCUACGAGCUGGACUCAUCGUGGGUCGUCCCUGGGGCCGUUAAUCCAGUGCGGGUGUGGAGGGAGAGGGUCACCAAUGGGGCAGUGGCUGGGGCCUUCGAAGGCUGGAGGGUCCUCCUGAUCGUCAAGCCAACUCAGAAAGACAUUUUUCAAAGAAUCCUUACAGCGGGGAAGGCCUCUGUGCACUCCAGCUGUCCUUCGUCUGAUGUUGCUGUAACGCAUGUCUUGACCAACCAUGUGGUGGACUAUGUGAAGGCCCAAAAUGCCUGUGCACCCUGCUACCCCACAACACACAUUGCCCAUCACCUUUUGGGGGAGCAAGUGUGUUCUUUGAUGGGUUGGACCUGGACACUGGGUGAAACUGGGGAGACACAGACAGGUGGUGAGCCAGUGGAGACACAGACAGGUGGUGAGCGAUGGGAGAGACAGACAGGUGACUUCUCAGGGAUAGAGAUGGAGGCCAGAGACUAUAUCUCCCAAAUUGAGGAGGCUAGAAGACUCAGAGAAGAGCUGAGAAGUCUCCCAGAGACCAUGAGCUACAAUACCCCCAUACUGAACUCUCAGAGUUCGCUAGUCAGCUUUCACAAUGUGCAGAAUCUCACCGAGUGUGGUUUCUUCACGGAAGCUCUGGAGGAGAUCCUGACCUAUCUGCAGCCGGGACAACACCCUCCAGCCUCUUUCCUUCAGCCCCUGAUGCAACACGCUCUUCACGGAGACGCCAAACCUCUCUUCUACAACGUGUUCCACACAGUUCUCAGAACCAUCCUAAGGAACAACCCGCCCCGGGGUUCGCCUUCGACUGAGAGGUUUUUCUUGAAGGUGCUCCAGUGCCCCCAGUGUGAGAAGGGAGUCUGGCCUUAUCUGGAGACAUCAUUCAGGUUGUGUAUGGGCAGCGAGCUCACCUGCCACUCAUUCUCUAGCACUGCCUCCCCGGAGCUGCUCCGCUUCCAUGGUGACCUGCAGACCUUUGCAGUGAAGCUGUUCAAAUGCGACUUGCGCGCCGCCAACAAUGGACAAGCUGGAGUCGUGGAGUCCAACCUCCUCAACCAUGUGUUCUGGAGUGUGUGGGAUCGGUCCACGCUGGGAUCCAGGCCCGUGCAGCAGCUUGUCGAGCUUCUGGUCGAGGCGUCGAAGUGGAUGUGCUCCGUUUGUGAGGUUCAGGCGUGGGGCGCUGAGAGGAGCAGACGGCAGAGGCUGGUGUUGACCCUCCAGGACAUGCUCGGCGUGGUGGUGGACGUCUGGUGUCAAAGGCACAGCCGCCUCAACCCGAGCCUGGUGGAGCGAAGCCUGGAGGACCUGGCCCAGCACUUGGCCAUUAUCUGUCAGGACCUGCCCCUGGACGUGCUGGAGGCGUUGGUUCCCGGGAUAGUCUCGACGAGGCUUCGGAUGGCCGCGGCAGACUCCAUCUUCAGGAUGUUCUGCCACAGGGGUCACAUCACACUCGGGGUAGAGCCUCUCUCGCUCAGGAGGAUUGUGUCCUACCUGGCUGCUCUGGGGAAGCUGAGUGCGGUCGGGCCAGGAGAUCACCAGUCAGACAGCAGCAGCCCCCUGUCUGAGCCUGAACACACCUCACCCAACUUGUUCAACCCGGGCACAAUUACUGAAAUGCCCAGCGGUCUGGUUAAUGGAGCAGGCCCCAGGAAGAAGAACAUCCCCAGAGGUGUUAACCGAGUCAAUGCAGCAGGCGAGACAGUUCUCCACAGAGCCUGCAAGAGGAACCAAGUUGAAACACUGCUCCAGAUCCUAGCACUUCCUGGGAUCGACGUCAACGUGAAAGACCACGUCGGGUGGACGCCGCUGCACGAGGCCUGUAACCAUGGCAGCCACGCGUGCGUGAAGGCCCUGCUACGCCAUCACCCCGCCCCUCAGCUGAAAGGCCAGGUGGGCGGGGUCAGCCCGUUACACGACGCGCUGCUCUGCGGACACACUGACAUCGCCAAGACGCUUCUGCGGCAUGCCGGAUCUGAUCUCCUGCUACAGAAGGACCAUCAUGGCCGGACCCCGCUGGACCUGGUGUCCUCCGCCACGCUGAGGCAGGAGCUUAAACAGAGUGCACUGAUGGGAGAUACCGCUAUGGAGCACCUGGGGUCAGAGGUCAGAGACCUGCCCUUCCUGGAGGCCUGUUCUUGUUUGCUAAAAUGCCUGCUCCUAACCUACCAGCUAGAGAGGCCUCAAGUCCAGGACGUGCCUCUUUCCCUGGGGUUGAAGCUGGCCCGGGCCCUGAAGAAGCACUCUGCCCAGAGGGUGACCGCAGGCUGGGCCGACACACAGUCAGUGCGCCUGGUGGAGGACAUGGAGACCGUGUUGGGGGUGGAGGAGUGUCUGGCUCAGCUGGUUCCCGCGGUCACAGAGUGCCAGGGUGCGCACACUCGUCUCCUCAUCAUCCUGCUGGAGGAGAUGAAGGAGCACAGAGCAGCACUGCUGACAAACACAGAUGCAUUGUGAGAGACAGACUGUGAGAGACACUUUGAGACACGCACUGUGAGACAUACAUGUCAGCCUUUGUUAAUUAUUUGAGAUUUUAAUUGUUUAGAAAAUAUAUUUCUAUGUGACACUGUCCAGACAUAUAGGUUCAUGUUAUUUUGUUCAAACCAACUCAUGUUGGGCCUAUGUUUUUAUAAAUUAAUAAAUUGUUGUGUUGGGAA